AUGAUAAUAUAAAGUUCUUCACGCUUAGAAGGAAGGCACAUUAAGAAUAGUAGAAGUGCUUAAAGACUCACUCCUUCCCACAAUCUAUAUACUGAAUCUUCUUAUAUAUCACAAAUCUUAGCUCAUUAGUAAAAACUCAAUGAAAUUCCAAACUUGAAUAAAAGAGCAUUGAACUAUGUCAGUCCUUUAAAUUUUAAUUAUAGAGAAGGCAAAAUUCUCUAGAAAAACUAUUUACAAAAUAAAUACUCAUAACUGUUAGAAGGGAAUCAAGUUCAAAGAGCUGGCUGGAAAAAGUAUUUAUUAGAUGGAUUCAAAGAAAAACUUGAGAACAUCUUAAAUCAAAACAAGAAAGGUUCAAAGUUAUUCAAAAUCAAAAGAUAAUACCUUACUAAAAGUGUUGCUUAGUUGCCAAUGGUUAUAUAAGAUGAUUAUUUGACAGUAGAUGCGUUGAUUAAAAAACAGGAUCCUUCUUAUGAUAUUGAGGCAGUCUAAGAUAGUUUAAUAUAAUAACAUAAGCAAUAUUUAACAAAUUAAAAAAACACUGAUUAUGACGAGAAAUUAUAAAACUUAGUAAAGUAAUUUGAAAUAAUAGUAGAUAGGAUAGAAAAGGAGGCUUUUAAAAUUAAAGUUCCCACCAAUUUCUCAACAGCAAUGUAAAAUUACAAUGAUUUUUAUGAUGUAUAACUUGACUCAAAAAAUAUAUACAGUAGUGUUAAAGCAAUUGAUUUUAGUAAAUUUGAAAUAAAAUAAAGUUAAAAAUAAUCAUAUGCUUUAAAUUUUUGGGAUUAAGGGGAGAUUGACGAAGAAAUUGAACAAUAAAUAUAAACUUGUAGAGUCUCAACUUAAAGAGAAUGCAAAGAAGAAUUGUUGGAAGAACUCAGACAAUAUCAAGAGAAUUAACUAGUUUAACAAAUUGUAGAUACUCCUGCAGAACCAGAAGAACCUGUACAAUAAGAAGUAGAAUAAAUCUAAACAGAAUAAGUUGUUGAAAAAUAAAUAGAAAUCGAAAAACCCAAGGAACCUAAAUAUAUAAAAAAAAGAAAUCUUAGAUAUAAACAGAAAAAAUAAUAAAGGAAAACUAGUAAACCAAAGUUUGAUCAUAAAUUUGUUGAUUACAUGUUAUAAUUAGAAGAUGUUCACGAGGCAGAACUUUCUCAAUUCAAAGUAAACUAAGUUGCAGAAUAUGAUUCCUACAUAUUUUGUGAUCCCAAUGAAGAAAUCGUUUACAAGCAUCAAGUCGAUUGGAAUAGUUAAUUAGAAUAUUUAUUAAGAGAUAUUAGCUGA